CUCCGUCUGCCGCCGGGGACGGUAGCCGGCUGGCCACCCUCCGCCUCCGCCGGCCAUGGACGGGCUCAUGAUGCCCCCGCCGGCCGGCCUGCCCCUGAUGCCGCGCCAGCGCGCCUAUACGCACACACACACGCACACGCGGCUACAGCGCUCCGCCUUCGGUCCGGCGUCCACCCGGGCUAGCUGCAGCGAGCGGCUGCACCCGCGGCAGCGGAGCCGCGCGGCGCCGGCCGCCGACGGCCGCGGCGGCCCGCUCUACCGCUCCAACUCGUCUCUGGAGCUGGAGCCGAGCGGUGGCGGCGGCGGUGGCGGCGGCGGGCUCCGCAGGGAGUUCGGAUCGCACGGCUCCAUCGACGCCAUCGGCGGCGAGGCGGCGUUCGCCGUGCUGACCGAGUUCCGCAGCCUGGACCCGGAGCUGGCGGCCGCGCGCGACGCCGACUCGGCCGACGCCAGUCCGCGGCAGCGCUCCCGACUGCAGCGGCUCUGGGACCGGGACCGGCGCGCCAGCCGAAAGGCCGGCGGCGCCGAGCAGUCGCUGUUCAGGAAGCUGCGCGGCGGCAGCGUCAAGGACUCGCAGCGGCUCUCGGAGCCAGAGACCAGCCGCUCGACCGACUCGCUGGACGGCGAGGCGCGCCAGGAGGAGCGGCGCCGCCGGCGCGCGCUCGUCCACUACGACUGCCAGAGCCUGCGGGUGAGCCUGGCGGCGGCGGCGCGCCGGCGCACCCGGCUCGACGAGCGGCACAACCGAGCCACGGGCGCCAGCGCCGCCUCGCAGCCGGCCAGCCGCUCCGCCGACGAGCUCUCCGAGGACGAGGAGCAUGGCGACGACCGCAGCAACGACCUGGUCCAGAGUUGCCCGUUCUUUCGGAACGAGGUGGGCGGCGAGCGGGACCGGACGCUGCAGCUGGCGCCGAGCGGCGGCCGGCGGCGGCGGGCGGCCGCGCGGCCUGACCUGCACUGCCACCGCGCGCCGGCCACGUGCGGCCUCUCGGUGCUCGAGCAGCCGGCCGGCAUCACCCACUGGCCGGCGCACGUCUGCCCCUUCAGCCGGCACGGCAUGGCCAUCGAGCACUCGAACGUCGGCAGCUACUACUACAAGGACUUCUUCCACGGCAGAGAGCACGAGAACUGGGUGGGCACGGACGACAGCCUGGGCCCAGUGGCGGUCAGCAUCCGGCGCGACUGGCUGCAGGAGAGUGGGCCGCGCGCCGCCGCCGCCGCUGGAGAGGGCCGCGACCACACCUGCUACCGCGUCAUCGUGAGAUCCAGCGAGCUGCCGACACUGCGCGGCCUGAUCCUGGAGGAGUCGCUGUUCCCCCUGAUCAAGCCCAGCGAGAAGCUGAAGCGACUGCCGGUUCGUGAGAUCCUCGACCACGUGGCGCCCGAGCUGCAGUACAACUGCUUGCGGUUGGCCGUGGCUGAGCCACGCACCGAGGACUACCUGAUGAAGCUCGACGAACAGUACAUCUUCAACCGCUACAAGGUGGGCAUCAUGUACUGCCGGGCCGGCCAGAGCACUGAGGAGGAGAUGUACAACAACGAGCAGUCGGGACCGGCGCUCGAUGAGUUCCUCGGCAUGCUCGGACAGCGCGUCAGACUCAAGGGCUUCGACAAGUACAAAGCGGGACUCGACAACAAAACCGACUCUACCGGGGAGUAUUCUGUGUACGUCAAACACCAGGGUAACGAGAUCAUGUUCCACGUCUCCACUCUGCUCCAGUACUCGCCCAACAACAGACAACAGCUGCUGAGGAAGCGCUACAUUGGCAACGACAUCGUCACCAUCGUCUUCCAGGAGCCGGGCGCGCUGCCGUUCACACCCAAACACAUCCGCUCACAGUUCCAGCACGUGUUCAUUGUAGUGCGAGCACUGAACCCGUGCUCCGAGAACACACAGUACAGUGUGGCUGUGAACCGAUUUCGGGACGUGCCCGCGUUCGGACCGCCCAUCCCCGAAUCGGCCACCUUCUCAAAGUCGCAGGCCUUCGCCGAGUUCCUGUACGCCAAAGUGAUCAACGCCGAGAACGCCGCCUACCACUCGGAGAAGUUUAUGACGAUGGCCAAGCGGACCCGAAACGAGUACCUGAAGGACCUGGCCACCAAUUACCUGACCGAGCAGACGCUCGACCCGCCGCAGAAGUUCUCGAUUAUGUCGUUCGGCAGUCGUAAGAAGGACCGUCCGCGGCCGCGGUUCCGGCCGGACGCCGUGCAGCGGGGCGCCAUCUGUUGGCAGGUGGUGGCCGACGAGCAGAGCUCGGUCAGACAGGUGGACUGUGUGCUGGGGAUCUCUGCUGACUCUGUGGUUCUAAUUGAGGAGAGGACCGAUCGGCUGCUGUUCGCGGCCCCGGCCGCUAGCGUCUUGGGCUGGACCCUGCAGGGCACCAGCCUGCGGGUGUACUACCACCAGGGCGAGUGCGUGGUGCUGCGGCCACAGACGCCCCAGGACACGGAGGAGCUGGCGGAGAUGGCCGCGCGACUGGCCGCCGUCACCGCCGGCUGCGACUCGCAGGAGCUGGUGCUGCGCCGGAACCAGCUGGGCCAGCUGGGCUUCCACGUGCAGAGCGACGGCCUGGUGACGGAGGUGGAGGGCGGCGGGCCCGCCUGGCAGGCCGGACUUCGUCAGGGCGCCCGAAUCGUGGAGAUCUGCCGAGUGCCGGUGUGCUCGGCCAGCUACGACCAGAUGGUGGACCUGCUGAAGACCUCUGUGCCCGUGUCGCUGGUGGUGCUGCCGCCGGGCGCGGACGGUGCGCCGCGCCGCGGCUGCCUGCUGCCCUCCUGCGGCGCGCCGGCCCCGGAGCCGGAGCCGGGCCGACGCGCCGGCUCACCGCCGCCGUCUGUCGUCAGCUCUGGGUACGGCACGGGCGGCAGCGGCCGCUCGGCGCUGGCCGCCGGCUCCCUGGAGGCCGGCGGCACGCUCAGCAGCUCGUCCAGCGGCUCCACAGAGCGGUGGGCCGACGAGGCCGAGCCGCCGCCGCCGCCGCUGCCGGCGCGCCAUCGACAGCGACUGCCAGCCGCGCGCAGCCUAGACGGGCAGACGAGCAACUACGCGGCGCCGGCCGGACUGCAGCCGCGGGCUCUGGAGACGCUGCAGGAGCGGAGAGGGCGCCAGGAGACGUUCGCCUAUAUCGAACUGGCCUCGAUGAACUGCGGCAUUCUGAUGGAAGCCAAGAACGACAACUCAAAGUCCACCUACCUCACCGACUCAGACGUGGAGAUCUACAUUCCGGGCCAGCGGACGUCCACGGCCACCCAGGACGGUCGGGCGGGCCACCGAGGCUCGCCGGCCGCCCCCGCCCCCGCCCCCGCCCAGGCCGCCGCCGGCGCGUCUGCGCCGCCCGGGCGGUCCUCGGGCGGCGGUCCGUCCGACCCAGCGGCGGCCGGGGGACGGAGGACCAGCGGCGCCGGCUACGGCACGCUGGAACAGAGGCACCGCGGAGCGCCGAGGGAGGAGGCCGACCAGAGACACCGCGCUGGGGCUAGAGAGGAGGCCGACCAGAGACACCGCGCUGGGUCCAGAGAGGAAGGAGAGCAGAGACUGCGGGGAGCGCCCAGAGAGGAAGGAGAGCAGAGACUGCGGGGACCGUCCAGAGAGGAGGCCGACCAGAGAGUCCGGGGAGCGCCCAGGGAUCAGGGAGAGCAGAGGCUCCGGGGGACGCCGAGGGACCCGGCGCCCGGUCAGCCUGCCCGCCAGCAGGCGGCGUCCCGGCAGGCGGCCGGCCGCAGCCAGCCCUCGGGUCACAGCGGUGGUAGUGUGCGCACGAAGCGGCCGGGCGGCCCGGGUCCCCGGCGAAUCGCCAACAGCCGGAGCAGCACAGACCUGAGCGCCGGGCGGCUCAGCUCGGCGCACCUCAGCCACGCCGAGAGCGACCAGUGUCUGAGCGGCCGCGCGGCGCCGCGCCUGCUGCCCGCGCGGCUGGGCCACUCGCGCAGCAGCAGCCAGCUGGGUGGCCGUCCGCCCAGCGCCGCGCCGCUGGCCGAGCUGGGCCGGCCGCGGCCGCGCGCCGGCAGCCACCAGAGCCUGGAGAGCACCGAGCCGGCCGGCCGCCGCGGCGCGCCCGCCUCCCGCAGCGAGGACGAGCUGAGCGCGCACAGCCUGUCGCCGGCGGCGCGGCGCCGGCUGCGCGCCGACGCCUCGACGCCGUCCUCCGGCAGCGGGCGCAGUCAGGCGGGCAGCCCGCGCGGCGCGGCGCCGGCCGGCCGGCGCGCCUCCAGCGGGCCGUACCUGGCGGCCGGCCCGCCGCAGCCGGCCGAGACGGACGUACUGCUCACCACGGCUCGGCCGGCGCACGUGCUGGACGCCAGCCCGGAGUCGGACGGCCCCCAGAUCGACUGGCAGACUCUGGUGGACACGGCCACACGGGCCGUGCUCACUCAGCGGCCGGCCGCUGGCAGCAGGACGCCGCCCGGGGACACGGCGUCACCUGCCGCCGCCCCCGCCCCCGCCGCCGGCUCGGCCGCAUCAGCCGCUCCGCCGUCACCCUCUGACGAGCUCCGCUCGCGCCUUACCACGCUGGAGAACGAGCUGGUGAACGAGCAGACCCGCCGCGAGCUGCUGCAGUCGCAGGUGCAGAAGCUGAGCUCGGACAACCAGCGUCUGCAGGAGGAGAGCCGGCAGGCGGCGCGUCAGCUGAGAAAAUUCACCCAGUGGUUCCUCGAUAACGUGGAGAAGCCGUGACCGGACGGCAGCCGCCGGCCUCCGCCGGUACCGGCCGCGCGCGGGUGGGCCUCCGCCGGUACCGGCCUCACCCGGGGUGGGUCUCCUCCACCGGUCCCGGGUGGGUAGGCCUCAGCGAACGGGCCGCCCUGUCGCCGACCGCGUCGGGUUGGACGUGACUCUUGUGAGGGUGUGGUUUUUAUACAUGCGUGCGCGUGUGAGAUUUUCAAGGCAACUCGCCUUCUUAUAAGCCGUCCAUUUCGUCACGUGGCCAAAGAUUGUGCGAGAAAAUGACGAUUUUACGCGGAGGCAACUAUAUACCUACUUAUAGUUUUGUACAAUAUUUGUGUACAAUGUGCAAAAUGCAGCAUUGUGCUGCAGGCUAUCGUUGUGAUGAUAAUGCAAACUAUGAUGCUCGCGUGUGAGCUGUCGGUUUUUUUUUAUAAUUUAAUGAAAUGACCGCUGCCCUUUGGAAUAGGCAUGCUUACGUCCUGUAGCCUUGUUUACGAUGUCUUUGUCUAGGAAAUUUAGAAUGCGUUUGAUUCCGGUGAAUACCGAAUGUAAACAUACAAACGUGCGACAUGCACAGUCUAGUCCGUGCCUGCUUUGUACGAAGUCAGCUCAUCGAAUGAUCUGCAAUGCCAUGCAUGAUAAUAUAGUAAAAUGCAAUCAA